AUGGAGAUAUGCAAGGAAAGCAGGCAAUGGCCCCAGGCCGGCCAGCCCUGUAUUGAAUAUUCACUUAUUGAUGCCAUCAGAAUACCAAUCACAGAUCAAACUUCCCACAUUCCUAGGACCCUAUAUUGGAUCAAAGAGAGUGCGAACAGGGAAAGUUCUCUGCAAGGAAAGGAAGUGAAUAACAAUGCAUAUAUAUCCAACAAGGGAGUGAUGGUGGGGCUUCUUUCAAAGAAGAAUCCAAACUCCUAA